AUGGCAGUUCUUCAGGUCUCAAUGGGCUGUGUCUUGGGGCAAUAUGAUGAUUUUGGCAAGAAAGAAAGGUCUAUUUACUAUCUAAGCAAAAAGUUCAAUGAUUGUGAAGCUCGGUAUUCAUUUGUUGAGAGAACUUGUUAUGCACUAGCCUGGACUGCUAAUCGCCUCAAGCAUUAUAUGUUAAAUUACAAGACUUGGCUCAUUUCUAGAAUGGAUCCAAUCAAAAAGGCAAUAAAGGGAAGUGUCAUAGCAGAUCUCUUGGUAGAAAAUCCAAUCGAGGAAUAUGAAGCUUUAGAUUUUGAAUUCUCGAAUGAGUAUGUAAAUACAGUGGAGGAAGAAAUAGGAGAGCAGAGUGAUGUAUGGCAAAUGUAUUUUGAUGGGGCAGUCAAAGUAUCAGGUAGUGGAAUCGGAUCAAUCCUGGUAUCUCCAGAUGGAAAAUAUUUCCCAAUUACAGUAAAGUUAAAAUUUGAAUGUACAAACAAUGUCAUUGAAUAUGAAGCUUGUGUGAGUGGUUUACAAGCAGCCAUUGAAAUGAAAAUUAAGAAGUUAAAAGUAUAUAGCGAUUCAGCUUUAAUAAUUUAUCAAGUGAAAGGGGAAUGGCAGACUCGAGAUCCGAAGUUGAUUCCAUACCAGAAAUAUCUCAUUAAAUUACUUAAGAAAUUUGAUGAGAUUACUUUUACUCAUUUAAGUCAUGAUAAGAAUCAGUUCGCCGAUGCACUAGCAAUACUAGCUGUUAUGGCACGAAUUGAGGAAGGUAAAGGAGUACAGAUUCUUCUUAUAAAGGCUAGGGAUGACCUUGCUUAUUGCUUGAUGAUCGAAGAAGAAGUGGAUGGAAAGCCUUGGUAUUAUGAUAGUCAACAAUAUAUCAAGACAAAGGAAUACCCCACCAGGAGCAAGCAAAAAUGA